CACACACGCACACGCACACGGAACGUUUAACUCAGAGACAGGCAUCUGUGGGGUAAGAGAGCAACAAGAUUUUCUACUGCACAAGAUACCAAAGAAAGUGCCAGCAGCAGCAGCAGCAACAGCAGCAACAGCAGCAGCAGCGAUACCAUGACAAGCAACUGUUCGUUUGAAGGGGUGGACCACCUGAUGAGAUAUUUCGAGCUGGCCAUCUACAUUCCCAUCUUUGUAUUUGGUCUGAUUCUCAAUGUUGCAGCACUCUUAGUGUUCUGCGUCUGUAUGCGCAAAUGGACAGAGACAACUAUCUACAUGACCAGCUUGGCUCUGAUGGACCUGCUUCUCCUCUUCCCUCUUCCCUUCAAAAUGCACGCCACCAAACACCGCUGGCCUGCUGAGUUUCAACCUCUCUGUUCGGUCUUGGAAAGCCUGUAUUUUGUUGGGAUAUAUGGCAGCAUCUACACCAUCAUGUGUAUAGCGGUUGACCGAUGGGUAUCCAUCUGUUACCCGUUCAAAGCCAGGAUACUGCGUUCACCCAAAGCGGCUCUGGGGACCUGCGUGGUGGUCUGGGUGCUGGUGCUGGCAGCCAUCUCUCCAACCAUCUAUCGCUUCAGGGAGGCCGGGCAGACGUCAGACUUCCACUGCUUCCACGGGUUUUCAAAGAACAGUUGGAGCCCGAAGGUGAUCAUCUGCUUGCAGGUGUUUGGUUUUCUGGUUCCUGCGCUGGUGGUGGUUUACUGUUCAGUCCACACCAUCUGUGUGCUUCAGCAGUCUGGCCAGAACAGCCCCCAGAGCAAGGCCUGUGUGAAGAUCAUCUACAGCAGUCUGAGUGCCUUCCUGCUGCCUUUCACCCCCAGCCACUUGGGCAUCUUCCUGCAGUUCCUGGUACACCAAGGAAUGAUUCAAGACUGCGGCAACAAGACCAGGAUCAGCCUGUUUAUACAGGUAGCUAUGUGCCUGUCCAACAUCACCUGCUGCCUGGACGCUCUGUGCUACUACUUCAUCGCUAAGGAGGUGAGGGACACCAAAAACACCUUCACGAUAUCAAUGAGAAGCCAAAGAAAAAACACCUUCAGCACUUCAGAGGUCUGACAGCAAAGACAAUUCAAGUUAAAAUAUAUACAUUUGUUGUCAGAGGACGGCUGGCGGUGAAUAGGAAAUCUGGCUUCUUGAGUUUUAGCAGGGCAGUGAAACUGAGAAAGAGCUGGCAUCGUUUCCAGUAGCAAGUGACAUGCACAAGAGCAACGGGUCAGGAAACAAUCUCAAUUAACCACAGGGCUUGAGAGUUAGACGGAAAGAAUCUGAUGAGGUCUGAUACCUGAUUUGGUCCAGUGACAGGAAGCACAAAGACCUCAGAGCGGGGCAAAAAGACAACCUUGGUAGCUUUUUUUCUUUUUUUCUGAUGUGGGGUACGGUUCAUUUUAAAGCAGCACCUGCAGCUCAUUGCAGAGCUUGGUAGUCUACCACAUAUGCUUAAGAAGUGAAAAGGUGCUCUUCCUUUAAAGACAAACUGUCAAAGAUCAGGGCUGACACAGUUCGGACCGAUUUGGUUCAAUAGAAACAGCAAGUACAUUUUGAAACUUAUUUUAAGACACAAAUAAUUAUGAUAACAAUCCUAGGUUUUAAUUAUUAUUAAUUAUUAUAUUAUUAUUAUUUCUCUUAUAGAAAAUGCAGAAUUACAUAAAAAGUCAGCUUUGAAAAAUAAAUAAUUAAAAUUGAAGCAAUUUCUCUAAAUGAAUAAACUUACAUAUUCAUACAAAUAAUAUUCAAUAUUCACUUACAUAGUACAUAAAUAUAGCAAGACAUCGAAUGAGGAAGUAAAGAAGAGGAAAGUUCUGCUGAACGUUUUAGGGAUGCAAACUGACUGACUGUGUGUGUGUGUGUGUUAUCAACUUCCUAAGACUCACCAAAAUGGUGUCCUAUAUUAUGCAAUCUGCUUUUAGUCAUGGCAUAUGAAAAUGUAUUAUAUAUGUUUUAUUUUUUUACAAUGUAGCUUUAAACGUGCAAUAUUAUUUAAAUUGUUAAAAGUCAGCUGUUAAUGGCAGUCUAUGUACUAAGACUGUUAAUAUGUAUUUUGAUAUUAGUAUGUUUAGAGGAGGACAUUUGAUUUAUGUGAACGCUGUCAAAGCUAAACCCGGAAUGUAAAGUUGCACAUGCAGUACAUGAGAAGCUCUCUGUCUUGCUUUGCUCAUGUUGAACAGAGUCACCUUGUAGUAACAGUGUGAGGUGUUCAUUAGUCUCGAUUAGGGUAUUUACCCUGUAUUAAUUCAGUUUUUAUUGUAUAAAAUAGUAUGUUCUAAAACCAGAAACAAGCUGCCAUGUUUUGGUUUACUUGCAUUGCUUUUGUCUCAAUACUUUAAUUUUCACACGAGCCUCCUCUUUGUCGAGUUUCAAUGUUGUUUGUUUAUGCUCAAUUCAGUUUUGUUUCUGUUUUAAUUUCUGUUUCUGUUGUUUUUCCUUUAAAGUGAAAUUAGUUUUUUCAUGAA